AGGAGCCCGGAUGAGGGAUGGGAUGGGGAUGGAAUUGUCAGGAGCGACGCCGAGGGAGCGCCCGCAGGAGCCCUUGUGAAAGCGCGCAAGGGGAUGCAGAAUGAUGUCGGCGCUUGAAUCUGGAUUGUCCCCACUUUCUGUAGAAAUGACAAGGGCAGCAACGGAGCUGUCUCAGAGUCCGGUGACUUUUGAAGAUGUGGCUGUGUAUUUCACGGAGAGCCAGGGGGCUCUGUUGGAUCCAGACCAAAGGGCCUUGUACAGGGAUGUCAUGAUGGAGAACUAUGGGAAUGUAACCUCACUGGGAUUUUUGUGCCCAAAGCCUGAACUCAUCUCCCAGAUGGAACGAGGAGAAGAACUCUGGUUACCUGAAUCCCAAAACAGAGGUGAAGCAGGGAUCAUUGACGCCUGCUCAGGUGACCCUCUGGAAAUGGAAGCGUGCCCCCGGUGCGGGAACCGUUGUGGCGUUGUGCCCCAGAGAAUCUUGGUGGGCAAGAAAUCCUUCCGGUGUCUGGUGUGCGGGGAGUGUUUUGCUCGGCAGCCGGGCCCUGUCGCAACCCGGGCGGGAGAGAAAACCUACAAAUGCCUGGAAUGCGGCGAUGGCUUUGAACAGCACGCAGCCUUCGUGAGCCACUGGAGGGUCCACACCGGAGAAGAGCCGUACGAAUGCCUGGAGUGCGGGAGGUGUUUCCCCCAGCCCUCGGCCCUCGUGAAGCACCGGCGCGUCCACGCGGCCGAUAGGCCCCACACGUGCCUGGAGUGCGGAAAGGGCUUCGCCCAGGAGUCGUCCCUUUCGGCCCACCAGAAAACCCACCUGCAGGAGAAGCCCCACAAGUGCUUGCAGUGCGGGGAACACUUCGCCGACCACCCGGCCUUCGUGAGGCACCAGAGGGUCCACACGGGGAAGAAGCCCUACAAGUGCCUGGAGUGCGGGAAGUGCUUUGCCGACAGGUCGCACGUCGUGGUGCACCAGAGAGUCCACCAAGGGGCGAACCCCUACAAGUGCCUGGAGUGCGGGGAAUGUUUCGACCAGCACUCCGCCCUCGUGAGCCACUGGGUGAUCCACACCGGGGAGCAGCCCUACGAGUGCCUGGAGUGCGGCAAGUGUUUCCCUCGGCCCUCGGCCCUUGUGAAGCACUGCCGCGUCCACACCUCCGAGAAGCCCUACACGUGCCUGGAGUGCGGCAAGUUCUUCGCCCAGCAGUCGGGGCUGGUGAAACACCAGCGCAUCCACACGGGGGAGAGGCCCUACGCCUGCUCCGAGUGCGGGAAGUCUUUCGCUGACAGCUCGUCCCUGGCGAGGCACAAGAGGGUCCACACGGGGGAAAAGCCCUUCGCCUGUUCCGAGUGCGGGAAGCGCUUUUCGGACCGCUCGAACGUCUUGGCUCACAAGAGGGUCCACACGGGCGAGAGGCCCUACAAGUGCCUGGAGUGUGGGAAGUGCUUCUCUCACCGGUCGCACAUCGUGAAGCACCAGAAAAUCCACACAGGGGAGAAACCGUAUGGAUGUUCCGAGUGCGGAAAACGUUUCACUCAGCAAUCGCAGGUUCAGGCUCACGAGAGGAUCCACACAGGAGAGAAGCCCUACCGUUGCAGGAAGUGUGGGAAGCGUUUCUCUCAACACUCGGGCCUGAGGAACCACUGGAAUCUCCACACAGGGGAGAAACCAUAUGGUUGUUCCGAGUGCGGAAAACGUUUCACUCAGCAAUCGCAGGUUCGGGCUCACGAGAGGAUCCACACAGGAGAGAAGCCCUACCGUUGCGUGAAGUGCGGGAAGUGUUUCUCCCAACAAGCUCACAGUGGAAGACUGAGGAUACACCAACGAACUCACACAGGGGAGAAACCAUUUAAAUGUAUUGAAUGUGGAAAGAGCUUCAGUCAAAGUGGAGCACUUACAAUACAUCAACGAACUCACACGGGGGAGAAACCAUUUGAAUGUAUUCAAUGUGGAAAGAGCUUCAGUAGAAGUGGAUCACUUAGAAUACAUCAACGAACUCACACAGAGGAGAAACCGUUUGAAUGUAUUGAAUGUGGAAAGAGCUUCAGUCAAAAUGGAACACUUAGAAUACAUCAACAGACUCACAUGGGGAAGAAACCAUUUAAAUGUAUUGAAUGUGGAAAGAGCUUCAGUCAAAGUGGAGGACUUAGAAUACAUCAACAAAUUCACACAGGGGAGAAACCAUUUGAAUGUAUUGAAUGUGGAAAGAGCUUCAGUGAUAGUGGACACCUUAGAAUACACCAACGAACUCACACAGGGGAGAAACCAUUUGAAUGUAUUGAAUGUGGAAAGCGCUUCAGUCAAAGUGGAGGACUCAAAAUACAUCAACGAACUCAUACAGGGGAGAAAACAGUUGAAUGUGUGCAGUGUGGAAAGAGCUUCAGUAAAAGUGGAACACUUAGAAGACAUCAACGAACUCACACAGGGGAGAAACCAUUUCAAUGUAUAGAGUGCGGUAAGAGCUUCAGUGAAAGUGGAACAUUUAGAAUACAUCAACGAACUCACACGGGGGAGAAACCAUUUGAAUGUAUUGAAUGUGGAAAGAGCUUCAGUGAAAGUGGAUCACUUAGAAAACAUGAACGAACUCACACAGGGGAGAAACCAUUUAAAUGUAUUGAAUGUGGAAAGAGCUUCAGUGGAAGUGGAGCACUUAGAAAACAUCAACGAACUCACACAGGGGAGAAACCAUUUAAAUGUAUUGAAUGUAGUAAGAGCUUCAGUGAAAGUGGAGCACUUAGAAGACAUCAACGAACUCACACGGGGGAGAAACCAUUUAAAUGUAUAGAGUGCGGUAAGAACUUCAGUAGAAGUGGAAACCUUAGAAUACAUCAACAAACUCACACAGGAGAGAAACCAUUUAAAUGUUUUGAAUGUGGAAAGAGCUUCAAUAAUAGUGGACACCUUAGAAUACACCAACGAACUCACACAGGGGAGAAACCAUUUAAAUGUAUUGAAUGUGGAAAGCGCUUCAGUCAAAGUGGAGCACUUAGAAUACAUCAACGAACUCACACAGGGGAGAAAACAUUUGAAUGUAUUGAAUGUGGAAAGAGCUUCAGUAGAAGUGGAACACUUAGAAUACAUCAACGAAUUCACACGGGAGAAAACAUUUGA